AUGAUUGAUGUUUGCUAUAAUAAUUUAGAAUUUGAAGAUGAAUGGAUUUGUCCAGUUGAAGAAUUUCGACAAAUAUCAACAAUUGAAAAUAUAAAUAAAACAUUAGAAUAUAAUGGUAUGAAUAUUUGUUACUAACUGAUUAAUACUUGAACAUUUUGAAGGAAUUCUUACAAUGAAUAUAAUCCACAAAUCAAAAGAUAUCAAUUUGCAUCAAGAAUUAUUGGAAUUAUACAAGACUGUUUUCAAACACUGUGAACUCGCAUCUGACAAUAACUAUAGAAUGAAAAAUCAGGUAUGGAAUAUUACACUCUUUGAUAAAAAUACUUAUGAGAAUGAUUUCCAGAUAUUGACAUGUUUCAAUUCAAAACAAGGUUUUCAUUCAGCUUCAAAUUACAAUAAAAUUUUAUCAAAAUAUUCCGACUAUGUGGUAAGCUGGUGGAAUGAAAAAGUAUCCGAAUUAAUUAAAACUUUUACAGAGCUGGAUAUAA